UGUUGCUUUCAUCAUCAAUAGCGCCGCAAGUGACUCAAAAGAAAGUCCUAUUUCACUGUGUGACCAGGGAAAAUAGAAAAAUUUGCCAGAAGGAAAAAUGCAAAUAAGGAGUGAUUCUUUGGUGAUCUUGGCAGUGGACAGAAGUGGGUCUACUCAGAAUGCACAGUCCUACUGGAAGGCUGUCAAGCAAAAGUUCACCCAGAUUAUCAACAUGGACCCUUGUGCAGAAAUUCUUUACAUUGUGUGGGAUACAAUGGCAGUGCAGGUCACAGAAGAAAAUUUCUUGAAGUGUGUGGAAUCUAUGGAUGGUGUUGGGGGAACCUGCCUGGCUUCACUCUGCCAAUUUCUCUCAAGGUUCCUGAGAUCAAAUGAAACCAAGCCAGUGCAUCUCCACAUAUGUACUGAUGGACAAAUCAGCACAGAAGAUGUCCACUACAGUGACUCAUUAUUGGCCAAUGUGGAGUUUCAUACUGUGGAUGUGUGCAUAGAGCAGACUAGCCAUCUUGGAGUGGAUGUUUCAGUGGCUAUUCCAUUCUUGCGCAAUUCAAAGUACACUGUGACUGCAAAUGGAACUCUUGCAAUGCAGGGGAACUCAAAGAUUCCAUUGUAUCCCAUCAUCAAAACGUUGGAGGACUUUCUUCAUGUGAAGGAUGAACUAUGGCAUAGAUAUUACCCCAAGUUUGUUGGACUUCAGCACCUUACUCCAGAAUUGCAGCACUUCAAGAGCUGGCUGAUUACAACAAAGAAGGAAUGCAUCAAGGCAGCUGCCCCCAGGGGCAUACACAAGUUACUAAGACUCUUACAAGAUGGGAAGGAGGAUGAGGCUGUGGAUAUUUUGAGGUUAGGAAAGCCAUGUGAUGACCCUAGCCCAGAGGAAAGCAUAGAAGCCCACUUUGCCCCUCUGGUUAACCUCACCAGUCAAAUAAAGUUCCCCUUGGCAACUUAUCUCAAGUACCCUGUCAGCAGGGUUGCCAGGAGACCAAAUGCAGAUUUUAUCCAAAAGGUUGACCUGUGGGGAGAUUUCAACACUGGUGAAAGCUUGGAGACACUAUGCAACAUUACAGGAGAGAUGGACAUUCCUGUUCUCAUGAUCAGAAAGUGUGAUGCAGGACUGUUUAAUAGUUUGGAACCUGCCUGUAUUGACUAUAUGGUCACAAUGCCACUUGAUACUCUCCUCAGCUCCAAGGCUUGCAACAAGUUGGCAUCUAUACUGGAUUUCCCUAUUGGAUACAAGGCCUAUUUUCAAUGGGUGCAUACAGGUGGCCACAACACCUCACCUUACACCAGAGAAUCUAUUGUUGGUUGCAUCCCCAUCUCAUCCCAUCCAAAGCUGAUUGCAUAUUCAAACAACAUGAUCAGUCAUCUAUUUUGGGGAGGAAAGAAGGUGGGCACACCUGUUCUCUGGAUGUGGGUUCUGUACUUUGUCAUCCAAGAGCACAAGGCUUGUGAAUACCUCAGGUCAAGUCACCAGGACUUCAUCAAGGUCUUCCUGAAGGUCAUUGUCAAGAGAAGUUGUGAAGAAAUGACUAGACUAGGGAUGUCUGGCUUGGGAAACUUCCCUGCUACUCCAGUUCCUGUGAAGGAGUUGAUACAUGGUGCCAAGCAGGCCAUUGGAGAGACAAUUGGUCACACAAGUUUACCAGACACCAUGGGCCACUUUGAGCAUGUACUCAACCAUCUCCCAGUGGAUGAAGAG